AAAUACUCCUAAUCUUAAACAUUUUUUCAUAUCUCUUCUCCAAUUCUUCCUAAAUCCUAUUCUUAACUCUCUACUCUCUAAUUCUCUUAUUCUCCAUUCUCCAAUAUAUUAUAUUUAUUAUUUAUAGUUUAUAUUAAUUAUCUACUUAUAUAAACUAUAAAUAGAUAUAAAUAGUAUUAUAUUACUUAUAUUUGUUAUCUAAUUAUAUAUUACUUAUAUAUUUAUUAUAUCUAUUAAUAUAGUUGGAAUUAUAUCUAAUUAAUUUGAAGUCAUUGUAUUACUCCCAUCCGAAAGACCGAAAGUCCGAAAGAGAUGGAUCGUCCUAGAUAUUCGGUUGAUAUGGGUAACCUCGAGCGCAACCGAACGAACGAGCUUGCGAGGAAGAGAUCCCGCAAAGGUAAAUCACAUCUCGGCUCUUCAUCUCAAAGUCAAGAUGAUUUUGAUACGGGUUACGUAAGGAGGGAUGGGGAUGCGAUGACCGACGAACAACUAGAACAAGAAUUGCAUCGACAUAAUUCCCGCUUUUUUCAAGACCAACCGAGGACCAUUGACGAAGAAGAGCUCGAGGACGAGGACGACGAUGUGGAGGAAGCAAUUCCGGAGAGCCACGACGACGAGGAGGAGGAGGGUGGCGGCAGCCAUGACGCCGACCAAGCAGCCUCAUCCCAAACAGGUACAAAAAAAAGUAAAUCUGAAUUAAUGGCUAAUAAUAUUUCUAAGUGGAAGGACCCGAACACCGGGAAUUGGACCGCAACUUGCAAUUGGUGCAAGAAAAACUAUAGCUUGGGGAUUUCCGGCGGAUACGGAUCCGCCACAAGACACCUUAAGUCCAAACACCCGGUGGAGUAUGCAAAAUUAGGCGGCGGAACGGGGAAACAAACGCAAAUAUCGAGGUUUGCAAAUAACCAACAAGCUUUUGGUAAUUUCUCAUACAAUGAUGCACAAAAUUUGACAGGUAUGGCUAACUUACUUGUUGAAGAAAAUUUGCCUUAUUUGUUUUCUGAAAGUCUUGCUUUUCGUGAUUAUGCACAAACUUGUUUAAAUCCGCAAUAUAGAGGUUAUAGUCGCAAAACGGUUAAGAAAGAAAUUUCAAGGCUUUAUGGUGCGGAAAAGGUAAGGUUACAAAAUUAUUUUGCAAACUUUGAUGGACGUGUUACUGUAUGUUCUGACAUAUGGGAGGAUACUUAUCAUACUUUACAUUAUUUGGGUCUGACUGUACAUUAUAUUGAUAAUGAUUGGCAUAUGCAUAAACGUGUUCUUGCUUUCCG